AAGAAGAAGAAGAACAGAGAUCACAAACCGAAAGUGAUUUAAAGACUUCUGGAUUCUGUUCCUACACAAGAUCGUCUGAACUACUGCAAACAGAGACACAUUGUCAUGUCCAGGUCCUGAUGAGCAUCUGAUGGUCUUCAGAGACACAAAGAUCUCAGUGUUGAGCUGUUCAUCUGCAGUAUGUCAGAGAAGAGAGGAAAGAUGAGUCUCUCACAGAAACAGAGUGUGAGAUCAGGCUCACAUGUGUCCAGCUCUGUGUCUGUGAAGAGUGACCGGUCAAAAGAUGAACCACCGUUCUUCAGUGAAGAAACACCAUCAGCUGCUGAACGGCUGCAAUAUGAGACAUUAGAUUCAGACUUCCAGAUUAACAGCAACCACAAGAAUUUCACAGACAAACUCCUAGGAAUCUUCCAGGAUCUUGAAAAUAAAAUGAUCAACUCUAAAAAUGAGCUGGAAAUGUUUAAAAAAAUAUUACAAAAAGAGAACACACAAACCUUUGUGAAGGAUUUUAAUGAGAACAGAUGCAGUAACAAAGAAGCAGCUCUUGAUCUCACGCUCUACUUCCUGAGAGAGAUGAAGCAAGAUGAAGCUGCUGAUACUCUAGAAGAUGAGCUCAUCUUCAUUCAUCAGCUAAAAUGUAGCCUAAAGAAGAAGUAUCAAUGUGUGUUUGAAGGAAUUGCAAAGCAAGGUGACUCUACACUUCUGAACAACAUCUACACAGAUCUCUAUAUCACUCAGGGUUGUAGUGAACAGGUCAAUACUGAACAUGAGGUAAGACAGAUUGAAGUUGCUUCCAGACGUCAUGAAUCGCAGGAGAUGCAGGUUGAAUGCAAAAAUGUGUUUGAAGCACCUGAACAAGACAAGCAGAUCAAAACUGUACUGACAAAAGGAGUUGCUGGCAUCGGAAAAUCAGUCUCUGUGCAGAAGUUUGUUCUGGAUUGGGCCGAAGGAAAAGAAAAUCAAGAUAUCAGCUUCAUAUUUCCUCUUCCAUUCAGAGAGAUGAACUUAAAGGAGCAAGAAAAACUAAGUUUGAUGGACCUUAUAACUCAGUUUUUCCCAGAGACCAAAGGACUGAAGCUUACAAGAAGAAAUCAUUUCAAAGUCUUGUUCAUUCUUGAUGGAUUGGAUGAAUGUCGACUUCCUGUAAACUUUAAGGAUAAUGAGAUGUGGUCUGAUGUAUCAUCACCAGCCUCUCUGGAUGUUCUCCUAACGAACCUCAUCAAGGGAAAUCUGCUUCCUUCUGCUCUCAUCUGGAUCACCACCAGACCAGCAGCUGCCAGUAAGAUUCCUCCUGACUGUAUCGACCGGCUGACAGAGAUACGAGGAUUCAAUGAUGCACAAAAGGAGGAGUACUUCAGAAAGAGAUUAAUGGAUGAGAAUCAGGCCAAAGAAAUCAUUGAACAUGUUAAACAAUCAAAGAGUCUCUUUAUCAUGUGCCACAUCCCAGUCUUCUGCUGGAUUUCAGCCACUGUUCUCCAGAACAUUUUAGAGGAGAAAAGAAAUAAUGUUGUGAAAAACAAUCAGGCUGAUGAUGCCUCCAAAACACUGCAGGAGUCAAAUACUGAAGACACUCCUAAGACUCUGACACAAAUGUACACACACUUUCUCAGAUUUCAGAUCCAGCAGAGCAGACGAAAGUAUGAUGGAGAAUAUACACCAGAUGUUUCCUGGGAUAAAGAUGCCAUCUUUUCACUGGGGAAACUGGCAUUUCAUCAGCUGGAAAGAAACAAUGUGAUCUUCUAUGACACAGAUCUGGAAGCCUGUGGUAUUGACGUCUAUAAGGCAUCAGUGUACUCAGGCAUGUGUACCCAGAUCUUUAAGGAGGAAACGGGGAUCGUUCUUGGUACCAUGUACUGCUUCGUUCACUUGAGCAUUCAAGAGUUUAUUGCAGCUCUUUAUGCACAUCUGUUUCUAGUCAUAAAGCAGAGAAGUAUAUUUGUUCAUGAGUCUACAGAACAGGAAAACAAAAGUGAAACCAUGAUUGAUUUGCUCAAGACUGCAGUGGACAAGGCACUAGAGAGUGAUAAUGGACACCUGGAUCUUUUUCUUCGAUUCCUCCUUGGUUUGUCACUCCAGUCCAAUCAGAGACUCUUACAGGGUCUGUUCACAGAGCGAAAUGGAAAUGACCAGAGCAAAAAAGAAAUAGUCCAGUACAUCAAGCAGAAAUGUGAAGCUGAUCUGUCUACAGAGAGAUCCAUCAAUCUGUUCUACUGUCUGAAUGAACUGAACGACCAAACUCUGGUGAAAGAGAUUCAGACCCACCUUAGAGAAGGAAGUCUCUCAUCUGCUGAUCUUUCACCUGCCCAGUGGUCUGCUUUGGCCUUUGUGUUGUUGACAUCAGAGGAGGAGCUGGAGGAGUUUGAGCUUCAGAAAUUCAAGAAAUCAGACGAGUGUCUCAUUAGAUUAUCAGCAGUCAUCAAAACCUCCAAAAGAGCUCUGUUAAAUGAUUGUGGCUUAACAGACAAAAGCUGUUCAGCUCUGGCUACAGUUCUUGGAUCAGAUUCCAGUCUGAAAGAGCUGAACAUGAACAAUAAUAAUCUGCAGGAUUCAGGAGUGAAGCUGCUCUGCACUGGACUGCAAAAUAUGAAGUGUCAUUUGGAGAUACUGAGGCUAAAUGAUUGUGGCUUAACAGACAAAAGCUGUUCAGCUCUGGCUACAGUUCUUGGAUCAGAUACCAGUCUGAAAGAGCUGAACAUGAGCAAUAAUAACCUGCAGGAUUCAGGAGUGAAGCAGCUCUGCACUGGACUGAAUAAUAUAAAUUGCAAAUUAGAGAUAAUGAGACUUUCAGACUGCAGUAUCACUGAAGAAGGUUAUAAAGCUCUGUCUUCAGCUCUGAGAUCAAACCCUUCACACCUGAUAGAGCUGGAUCUCACAGGAAAUGAUCCUGGACAAUCAGGAGUGAAGCAGCUCAGUGAUUUACUACAGGAUCCAAACUGUCAACUGAAGACACUGAGGUUUUUGGGUCCUGCUGCAGAUGAAGCCUGUCAGUAUGUGACUGGAAUUGUGGGUAAAAACCCGUUACUCCUGAGAGAGCUGAAUCUGAGUGAACAUGAACUAGGAGACACACGAGUGAAUCAGAUCGCUGCUCUACUGCAGGAUAAACACUGUCAACUCCACUCACUGAUUCUGAAUAACUGCUGUAUCACAGAAGGAGGUUUUCAUGUUCUGGCUGCAGCUCUAAACUCAAACCCUUCAAAUCUGACAGAGCUGGAUCUGAGUGAGAAUAAACUAGGAAACCCAGGAAUGAAGAUCAUCUUGACUCUGUUUGAAAAUGUACAGUGUAGACUGGAAAAGCUGAAGUUAAACUGCAUCAGUAUUACAGAUGAAGGUUGUGCUGCUCUGGCAUCAGCGUUUAAUUCAAACCUCAGAGAGCUGGAUCUGAGCAGGAAUCAAAUAAGAGACUCUGGAGUGACAGAAAUCUCCAGUCUGCUGAGAAAUUCACAGACACUACAGAUACUCAGACUUUCAGACUGCAGUAUCACUGAAGAAGGUUAUAAAGCUCUGUCUUCAGCUCUGAGAUCAAACCCUUCACACCUGAUAGAGCUGGAUCUCACAGGGAAUGAUCCUGGACAAUCAGGAGUGAAGCAGCUCAGUGAUUUACUACAGGAUCCAAACUGUCAACUGAAGACACUGAGGUUUUUGGGUCCUGCUGCAGAUGAAGCCUGUCAGUAUGUGACUGGAAUUAUGGGUAAAAACCCGUUACUCCUGAGAGAGCUGAAACUGAGUGGACAUGAACUAAGAGACACACGAGUGAAUCAGAUCGCUGCUCUACUGCAGGAUAAACACUGUCAACUCAACACACUGCUGUGAGUAUCUUACAUUAUUUCACAUGUUACAUGACUAGUAAUGUUACAGUAGUCUGUUUCAAUGCUCAUUUGAGUUCGACCCCACGUUAUAAAGCUUGGAAGAGCCAGGACAUUUUUAAUAUAACUCUGAUUAUAUUUGUCUAAAAGAAGAAAUUCACAUACAUCUAGGAUGGCUUGAGGGUGAGUAAAUCAUGGGGUAAGUUUCAUUUUUGGGUGAACUCUCCCUUUAAGUGCACAGGGGUUGGAGAAAAUAAUGUGAACACAUUAGAAAUAGCCAGUAUUUUAUUAAUGUGUUUACCAUCGUUUGUCUUUAAUACAGCUUCCAACCUUCUUAGAAUAGAUUCAUACAACUUUUAAACAGACUUCAGUUAAAUUUUGUCUCUAACUUCUGCUGUGACUGCUGAAUGUGAUCAUGAAUACUGACUACAAACUGAGGAUUGAAGACAAAUUUAAAAACAUUGACCACCAACGUAUGCCCUCACAGAUGAACUGAAACCCUUUAAUGCUUGCUUUGAUCGUAUAAACACAGAAGCACCCAUCAAAGCUGAGCCCUCACCUGACGACCUGACACUCACUUGUUUAACCAGUGAGGUGUGCUUCUACCUGAGCAGGGUGAACGCACAUAAAGUGUCUGGCCCUGAUGGUCUUCCUGACCGAGUGCUCAGGGUCUGCACAGAACAGCUGGCUGAUGUCUUCACACACAUUUUCAAGCUCUACUCGCUCCAGACCGUUGUCCCCACCUACUUCAAAACAGUCACCAUUGUACCAGUACCAAAACACCACAACUCCAUAAAAAAAUAUAUAAAUAUGUCUCUGUGAUUACUCUGCACAAUGGCAAACUUGAAUCUAAUCUAAUUACUGGUAGUGUUUGGACAUAAAUAUGUUGGCAGUGUGUGAGCACAACCACCCUACAAUGAUAAAAAUCCACCCACUCCUUGUUUUUUAAUCCCCUUUAAACCAAAUCCGUCUCAUUAGAUCUGCUGUUUUGAUUCUCUGAGCAGUGUGACAUCACAUUGUUUAGGCCCCGCCCACAUCUGAUGACUGACAGUCCUGCAUUACCAUAGUUUCUGCUCUCAGAGAGUUGUUUGGUUGUACCAUAGAUAUGUAAAGGUAGAUGCCACAUUCGACCGCUCCAGAUAUGUUGUCAUUACAUUACGUCCAUUAAUAAUCCAGUUGAAGUGGCUGAAGCACUUCAUUAUUACUUCAUUGAUUCUGUAGUCAAAAUUGCACAAUGUUUUUCUGCUGAGUAUAGACUGUUUCAUUGGGCGCACGUGCCUGGCUCCAAGUUAACUUCCGGUCUGUGUUUGUUUAUCGGUCUGGCUAAUGGCACCGGCUACAAACGCAGUUAAAGUUAAGUUAGGGCCACAAAAGCGCACAUGUGCAGUAACGUUUGUUUAUGUUGUUGUCGUUGAAACCGUCUAUACAGAAGUUUGUCCAGUUAAUACAGUGGAACAAGCUCUUACUUUAAAACUGCACAGUUCAGUCUGAAGCGUCUGUCUAAACAUUUGAAACAUGAGCUCAUUUCUGUCCGCUUCACUUGUUGCCCAUACAGCAGGUCAAAUACACAACCCAAUAUCCAAUAAUUUCAGUUAAUAAUACCAAAAUUACACAAACAUUUCACUUUUAUCCAGUGAGACAGAACUGUUAUCAUUGUGUUUAUUAAUGGGACGCAACAGAAUAGUUCUGUGCUGCUGUAGCAGAACAUAUUCAUAGUGUUUAUUGAUGCUCAUAUCAUCUCUCUGCCAUCAAACCACCAGAUUAAUGAACGUCUAACACAACCGAACAGAACCGGUCCAGACUGGGCUUUAUUCUGUGCAGGCAUUGGUUCUUCAGCCUUACCUGUUUCAGAGAAAUAUUACUGCACUUCACAUCUACACCCAGACAAACCUACAGUUUUAUUUAGAUGUGCAAAGUUGAAUCCGUGUAUCAAAGCUGAUCGAGUCACUGGACAGAGCAGAGCGGAUGUGUUUACGAUGUAGUGAUGUGCAGACCAGCAUCAGUUUAAGCACAAAUACACAGCAGUCACAGCUUUUAUUUUAGACAAUAUGCUCAGUUUUAGACACAAGAUGAAAUGGGAAU